ACACUGCACCCAUUUGACGAGCGGCCUGGUGUUGCGGGUGAUUCCGAGUUGCUGUUCUCUGCCCUGCGAAGAGUCGAGCCAUCAUGAGCGGCGCGUGCUUGUGGCUGGCGCUGCUGCUGUCCGCGGCGACCCUGGCGGCGGCGGCGCAGAGGUCGGCGGUGCCGCGAGGCGGCGUGCGCAACCUGGCGGCCAGGCCCUCGGUGAAGGCCAGCGACCUGGACGAGCAGCGCCAGAUACAGCAGUGGCAGAUCGCCGUGAACCUGCCGCCUGGCCAGGCCCCGCCCCCCGGCCAGGGACCCCCGCAGGGUCAGCAGCCCUCUCCGGCCGGCGGCUCUCCGCCUGGCAGCGUCUUCAUCGGCUACUACCCUCCUCCCGCGGGCUACCCCCAGGGAGGUCAGCCAGGAUACCCCCAGGGCGGUCAGCCCGGGUACCCUCAGCCCCAGCCUGGAUACCCCCAGCCCCAGCCUGGUUACCCUCAGGGUGGCCAACCCGGGUACCCUCAGCCCCAGCCUGGUUAUCCUCAGGGCGGUCAACCCGGGUACCCCCAGCCCCAGCCUGGUUAUCCUCAGGGUGGUCAACCUGGAUACCCCCAGCCCCAGCCUGGUUACCCUCAGGGCGGCCAACCCGGAUACCCCCAGCCCCAGCCAGGAUACCCCCAGCCUCAGCCAGGAUACCCCCAGGGCCAGCCGGGACUUCCGCCCCAGCAGCCCCAGCCGAUCCCCACGUCGCCCGAGCAGCCCAUUCCUCCCCCACCCGCGCCCCAGCCCGGCCCAGAAGAAUACCCUGGAGUGCCACCGCAUAACCCCGACGGCACGCUCAUCACCACGCAGCCCGAGGGCGGAGACAACCCGGCCGUCCCCGAGCCCAUCGCCCCGGAGCCCAUCGCCCCUGAACCCAUCGCUCCCGAGCCCAUCGCCCCCGAGCCCAUCGCCCCCGCCCCUGGCCCCGACGGCGGCAGCAACGAGCUGGGCGGCGGCGGCGCCACCUCGGAGCAGCUGGAGGAGCUGAAGAAGAGCUGCACCGCUCCCCGGGGUCAGUUCCCCCACGCCACCGCCUGCCACAAGUACGUCAACUGCUGGGACGACGUGGCCAUCGAGGAGGCGUGCCCGGGAGGCCUGCUGUUCGGCGACAAGGGCUACUGCGACUACCCCUUCAACGUCGACUGCGGCGAAAGGAAGAUCGAGAAGCCAGUUCCCCUGUCGGAGAACGCGGAGUGCCCGACGGCGUACGGCCGUCACAGGAGCAGCGAGGCCUGCAACAUCUUCUACGUGUGCCUGGGCAGCCAGCCGGUCAAGUUCGAGUGCCCCGACACCCUGGCCUACAACCCGGAACUCCACAUCUGCGACUACCCAUACCGAGUGGACUGCGAAGGACUGCCCAUCGUGCCCGUUAACUCUUCCUCUGAAGAAGAGACUUCCGAGGGUGCCCCAUCCGCCAGCGAACUACCAGAUCAGCCAACGCCUGCUCCUGCCCCCAUCCCUGAACAGACUUCCGAUGGAAGAUACUACUACCCUUCCAAUGCCUACCAGAAUGUGCAGCAAACCUUCUACCAGGGCGCCGUCUGCAAGCCGAACACGCUCUACCGGCUGAACAAGAGCUGCACCUCCGUGUCCAUGUGCGUGAACGGCCGCACCACGCUCGUCAACUGCUCUCGGGGCUACAAGUUCGACGCGCGCACCCUGCGCUGCCAGCCCACCCAAAAGGCGCGCUGCUGAAGAAAAUAAUGAAGACGUUUGGCAACAAUGGAAACGAAUGAAUCUCUCGAAGUGAACAGUGGCCGCGGCAACAUCGCUUUUUUAACAACCUACGUGCACUCUGCAUGCAGCAAGGAUUGGGACACUUCGUGUUCUAAAUGUACCCGACAAUCAUAGGCCAAGCUUUCUUCUGCGGAUACUGCUAUUUGUGUCCACCCUGAGAAUUAUUUUCUUUUUCUUUUUUUAGAUGUGUCCAACUUAAUUUAAAUAUGAGAAAUGGUACUUUCCGCGGAAGAAAUAAUUAGCUUAUGUUCUGUCCAGAGUACAACAAAGGUGGUAGUGAAACAAAUAAAAUCUAAAAUAAAUAUCUGGAAUGCAAUGAUUGUCUUCAAAAUAUUUAAAAAAAUAAACACGCAAAAGUAUAUGUGCGAUGAAAUUAAUAAUUCAUGAACGUUGUUUAAAUACGACAAUUUUUUUAAACAAAUUUAGAUAGUUUAGUUACGAAAAUUUAGAAAUAUAUAGGUACUUGUGAAUAGUAUGUUAUAAAAUAUGAUUUUAUAAAGUAUAUUGGUUUUUACACUUGAAAAUGUGUUUGCUUUGUACCUGUUGAUGAUGAUGUUGAUGUUGUUUUGUCAUUGCGCUGAAAAAAAUUUACUUUUUAGCUUAGAUUAACACAAAACCAGUUGUAAUUGCUGUACUUUUGUCACAGUAAAUGUACAAUUCGGUACGCCAUAAUACUAAUUAAAUGCAAAUUGAUUA